GACAAGCAGCAGUCACGGGUGAAGAAGGGGAAGAAGACACAGAGCAAUAGCAGAGAAAGUUCAGCAAGUUCGACCCCAGGCUUUGACUUCAGCAGCAACUUCACUCGUAAAAGGAAGGCGGUACCAGAAAAAGCUGCAAUGAUAAUAAAAUUGGACAGUUCAAGAGACUGAACAAGAGUCAAGACUGAUGUUGCUUUACAACGAUGGCAACAUCUGAGGAGACAGAGGAGCUAAAAAGUGAUGGCUGUAUUUCUGUUAGACAGGUUGAUCAGUUACUGAAGAGGCUGAUGAUGCUCUCCUGAAUCCCACAACCCUCCACCCCCUUCAUCCUGCCCGCCAUUCACGUUCAUACUUCAUCAUGAACCACACUCCAAGCCCCCACCUGUCCGAAGGUGGGAAGUCAGCAGGAGGUGGGCUGCUAUGCAGCCUGGGUCUGGGCCCCGAUAGGGGGAUCCGCUCCCCUGACAGUCUCACUCACACCCCCAGCCCCACAGGAGGAACUCCCAGCUCCAGCCCCCCACUGCUGCUGUCGCCUGGACUGGGAGGCCUUGGGCUGGGAUCCCUCGGGGCCAUGGGUGAUGGAGCUGGGGCUGACUGGGAGAGCAGAGAGGAGCUGAGGCUCAGGGAGCUUGAGGAGGCCAGGGCCCGAGCGGCCCAGAUGGAGAAGACCAUGAGGUGGUGGUCAGACUGCACCGCCAACUGGAGAGAGAAGUGGAGUAAGGUUCGUGCGGAACGUAACCGAGCUCGUGACGAGGUUCGUCAGCUGCGACAGCGGCUGGACACCCUCACCAAGGAGCUGACCAGUGUUCGGCGGGAGCGGCAGGAACUCGCCACGGAGAACGAAACCCUACGGCAGCAGACGCUGCGUCUCGGUGGUGACCACACGGCUCCUCCCCCAUCCACCGCUUCUCCCUCUUACUCCCCUGCACACCAGUGUGGUGCUUCCUCCUCCUCCUCUCCAUCCAUCCCUCCCUUCUCCCCUGCUUCCUCCUCCAAUUCCUCUCAGGUUCACAAUGACAGCAAGCUAGACAGGGUGGGGGAGGCACACCCAGGGUCUCCAGAACCAGAACCUGUAAGGGACGUGGACUUGGACAGACAAAAGCUAGGUCAACAAAAGGACUUGGAGAUGCUGGACUCUGUUCUGUGCUCCAGGGCCCUGGGUGCUGACAGUCAUGAGGCCUGGGAUGGUCGCGGUGGUAGCUGUGGCGUGAACACGUCCAGCUCACGUUCGUCCUCCGGUCUGAGCCGGCAGGAGCGCAGCAGGCAGCUGUGGGAGGACAUGAGCACAGCGGAGGAAGACUCCAGCAAACUGAACGCCCUGCAGCUUCGCCUGGAUGAGUCCCAGAAAGUCCUCCUGAAAGAGAGAGAAGACAAACUGGCUCUGAGUAAGAUCAUCGAGAGGCUGGAGGCUGAACUGAGUCAGUGGAAACUUAAAUACGAGGAGCUGAGCAAAAGCAAACAGGAGGCUCUAAAACAGCUGAACCUGCUGAAGGAAAUGCACCAGGAUGAACUUGGCCGCAUGUCUGAAGACCUAGAGGACGAACUUGGAGCCCGGACCAGCAUGGACAAGAAACUGGCUGAACUACGAGCUGAGAUGGAAAGACUGCAAGUGGAGAAUGCUGCAGAGUGGGGGCGCAGGGAACGUUUGGAAACAGAGAAACUGACGUUGGAGAGGGACAACAAGAAGCUGAGGGCUCAGGCUGAAGACCUGGAGGAGCAGCUGGCCAAGAAACGCCGGCAGGCUACAUCCGCGCUUGACACGGACCUCAAGGUCAUCCAGAGCGAGUUGUUUGAGAGAAACAAGGAGCUCGCCGACCUUCGCCACAUUCACGCUAAGCUGAAGAAGCAGUUCCAGGAGAAGACGGCGGAGCUCGCCCACGCCAACCGGAGAGUGGAGAGUCACGAGGCUGAAGUCAAGAAGCUACGGCUGAGGGUGGAGGAGCUGAAAAAAGAGUUGGGACAAGCCGAGGAUGAGUUGGAUGAGUCUCAUAACCAGAGCAGGAAGCUGCAGCGAUCUCUGGAUGAGCAGGUGGAGCAGACUGAGAACCUGCAGGUACAAUUGGAACACUUACAAUCAAGACUGCGACGACAGCAGCAGAGUCCGGGUCUGUUUGGGAAGAUGCGGUCGACCCGGUUCAGUCCUGAAAAUCCAGAUGGUCCAACCAGCGACAUGGAUGAGGAGGAGGAGGAACUGCAGCUCCAGAUCCCAUGACACACACACACACACACACACACACACACACACACACACACACACACACACACACACACACACACACAAGCAGCCUCUGAGCACUUGUAAACAUUGUUUUUUGAUAUAGGAGGUGAUAGAAGGUGAAUGUUUUUACUCCGGAGGAAAAACAUUGUUUUGUUUUGUCUUCUGUUCAACCAACACCAAUCCAAUCCAAACCAAUCUAAAAUUUUGGGAUGAAUUGUAACUAAUUAAUGACCAUGUUAAUGAUCAAUAAUCAGUGUAUCGUUAAAAAAACAAAAAAAAAAACAAAGAAAGCUUCAUCAAAUAAAAGCUUAUGUAUUAUUUUCAGGUGACAAAGUUUUGAACCAGCAACAAUAUAAUGAGCACACACCUUCACAUAGAACACACACAGACAUUCCCAUGCUCUCACACAUAGAUAGACAUAGAUAUUUGCAUAUUCAGACACACAAAAAAUAGGACGGCGUUGACGUUAACAAUGAACAAACUUCCGCCAAACCACAGGAACAGAGGCUGACACACAUCAUCCUAUCAGUGUACUCAGUCAUUCUUACCUCAUAUACAUCACAAACAUCAUAGCUUUCUGGUCUGAACUGUGCUACUGUAUUCACAGAAGGCUCCGCCCCUCAGCUCCAUCACUAGUAUUAAUACUUGAAACAUGACUGACAGCUGUGAGGAAAGGGACUGUUAUGUCCCUCUCAGCUCCAAAGUGUUUUUAUCACUUUAGCAACUAAUGUGACUAAAACAGUCGGCCACGUUUUAACCAGUAUUUGUAAUUUGUAAUGUGAGUAUUUUCCUCUUGAAUACCGAAGAUUCAAAGUCCUUUUCUGAUGCAAUUAAAGUUCACUUCCAUCACUGGGAGCACACUUAACAGCAACCAGCCUCAUUACACCACAAUGUGUGUGGAACAGGAAUUUUCUGUAACUCACCCAUCACACUCCGCUUCACUUUGCUCCAUAGUAGAGCUGAAUAAUUAAUCAAAAUAUUAUUGAAAUCUCAAUAUGGCCAAGAACAAAAUCCAAAUCACAGCAGCUGCAAUUGGUCUGCAAUUUGUCUAAAAUGUAUCACAACAGACCAUGAAUCUGGUGCUACAGAGACGCCAAUAUUCUCCACAUGUAAGGAACAUGUUUGUUUGGUACAAGACCCAACAAAAAUUACAUCAUCAUUGAAAUCAUGACUCAUCUCAAUAUCUGUCAAAAUAAUUGCCAUAUGAUUUUUUUCAUGUCAGCCCUUCUCCAUAGCAAGUAUGGUUAAUGUCGCAUCAUGGGUAGUUAGGGGUGUGUUCAGAUGGCAAAUGGACAGAGAUAAACUUUAUGCAGAACUACAGUUCUAACUGAGACCCAAACUCACCAAAUUUCAGACUUGAACCCAACUCAAGACUGAGGCUGUAUUUGUGUUAUAUGCUUUAUAGGCUUUCACAUAAAAAGUAACUAAUCUGACAAUAAUAAACCAACACACAACAUGGCAUGGCACCAAACAGACAGACCGGAGACAAAUUAAAGACCAAACAACAUGAAGUGUCUCAGUCAGGUGUUGAUCCUCCAGAACAGCUUCACUGCUCCAAGUCUCUGAACACAACUGGAGGAUGAACCAUUCUUCAUAAACAUAUUUCCUCAUGUUUUGAUGAUGAUGGUGGUGAGCGCUGUCUAACAACAGCUGUCCAACAUCUCACACAGUUCAACUGGACUGAGAUCAGGUGACUGAAGGUCACAGCAUAUGAUUUAAAUCAUCUUCAUUAGGGAUGCCACGAUCCAAUUUUUGUGCGAUCAGUGGCUGAUCAAUCGGGCAUCCCUAAUUCUCAUCCUCAUCAUACCCUCAAUGACCCCUGUGACGUCUGUGGAUGGAGACACUGUCAUCCUGUUUCUACACUCAUUCUUAGCUGUUUCCUUUAAUGUGUCACUGUGUCUGUUUAUAACUUCUACUAAUGAAUAAGUUGUAAAGUGAUUAAAUGUCGCACUCUUGUCUGAAUAUGACAUCAGAAUUCUGUCUACAUUUGUGCUUCCUUCAUGUACUGUAGUGUUUGAGGGAAAUGUAAACUAGAUAAAAAAGGCUUGUAACUCUUGAGUCUGAUCACUUCAUAAUGUAGUGUGUUCCCAGCAUGCCUGUGUCUCUGUCUGGUCCAGGUCUGAACAGGGACUGAACUAAAACCUGAAUAUUCAUAAGCCAGAAUCCAGCAAUGUUGUGCUAAAAGAGGAAGAGAUUUAAAGUUGAAUGUCGUUCCUUGAUGCAUUGAAGGUUUAAAUUGUAUAGACAUUAUAGCUUGACUGGUGAUCCAAUACUGUUGAAUUGGAAGCUUCCUUUUCUGCCUACCACAGGGUCAACAGGGUCUACAUCCAGAACUAAACCACACAGACCAGUACUCCAAACAGCAGGGGCUGGAAAUACAUCCAAAGUUCAGUUGUUCUGUUCUGUUUGGAUGUGUUAUGUGCAGAUAUGAUUUUAUGCAGUGUUUAUGCUGAUAUUCAGUAUUUUACAGUAUUGUAAUUUUCACUCCCUCAGAUCCAAAGUGUGUACUGUAUGUCCAGUAAUUCCCUCAGGGCUGUAUUCAGUCAGGGGGAAGAACCUCUAAAGCAGCAUUUAGACCCAUAAUGAGAUAAUGAAACUGUCACUAACGCCCAGGCCAGUAAAACUCUGCAGGUUUAAUACUCCCAGGCUCCCUCAGGACGACCCAUGUAUUCAACAGGAGGGGGGGUUUGGAUACGCUGUGUGUUGGACUGAAGAGUUCAUUUGUUUGUGCAGAGCUGGGCCUGGUUAACUCUCCAGUCUAACAGUGGACAGAUGUGAAAGCAAUAGAACAUCCUUAAAUUCUCCACCUCCAUCAGCAGACACUCUGCCUUGGCCUCCACCCUGACGCAGGAAGGGGACCAAGAUAUUUUUACUGAUCAGAAUUCUGAACUAUUUAUGUUGUUGUUGUUAUGGUUUAGUUUUAUAAAUGAACUGUACCACAGUGGUUUUGUAUUAGUGAUAUAAAUGUCAACUGUACAUAUAAAGAAACAUAAGUCCCUGUG